CAACAUCUCGCCUUGUACUUCACACCCUCAGCUCCCACGCCCCAGUUUCUCUCUUUGUUUCUCUAAACAAGUCUCUCUCACCUUGCUUGCCUAUCUAAACAUGGCAGAGCUAGACUACGAAACAAAACACAACUCAACCUCUACACGCUUAAAACUAUUCGGCUUCAACGUCUCAGAAGAUGAAGAACAAAUAACCACAACAGACUCUCUCAAGUCAUCUUCUUGUAAUUCUCCUGACGACUCCUCUUUUGCUACAGCUACAACGACAGUCCCAGCUACGGCUUCAGGAGACAGCAGAAAAUACGAGUGUCAGUACUGCUGCAGGGAAUUCGCAAACUCACAAGCGCUUGGUGGCCAUCAAAACGCACACAAAAAAGAAAGACAGCAACUCAAACGAGCUCAAAUGCAAGCCACAAGAAACGCAGCUGCGGCUGCCGUUUCUUUUGGUAGAAACCCUAUGAUCUCUGCCUUUGCUCCUCCUCCGCAUCUCCUGGCCCAAGCAGCAGGCCAGGUUAUGGUCCCGGCGGCUUCUCCGUCGUGGGUUUACUUGCCACGUGCUGCAACACCGUUUCACGUUUCACAUGGGUGUGUGUUCCCUAGUGGGGUGAGUGGGAGGGGUGGAGGGGGCUUACCAUAUGGUGACAGUGUAGGAGAUUUUGGAUUAUCUACUAGUGCUAGUGGGCCACACCAACAACUGCAAAGUAGGGCCCAUUUUAGCAGUGUAGUUGAUGAUCAUAAUGGGCCUACAUCAUUGAGUAGGUUCUCCGAAGGUGACGAUGGGCCUAGCUUUGAUGAAAAACUGGGCUUGGACUUGCAUCUUAGUCUUGCUCCAGCUGGGCCAUGAUUUUUUAGGAGUGACCUGGAAUAUUAUUUUCCAAGUCGGAUAUUUGUACAUUUUCAAAUUUUAUUUAUUUAUUUUUGCGA